CAGGGUGAGUGGGUGAUUGGUCGCUGUGGGUUGUUGUUUUUGUUGUUGUUUCGGUUCCUGCCCGGAUCCUCCCUCUCUCUCUCUCCCUGGCUGCCUCGCUGCUCCCGGGAUGUGCCGCUCUCCGACAUGGAAAGUAAACGCGUGGAGGUUCCUGACGGAGUGCUGGAUGACCUGUGCAGCCGAUUUAUUUUACACAUUCCCAGUGAGGAGCGAGACAAUGCUAUAAGAGUGUGCUUUCAGGUUGAACUUGCUCAUUGGUUUUACUUGGACUUCUGGAUGCAGAACUUUCCAGGCCUGCCUCAGUGUGGGAUAAGAGACUUUGCUAAAGCAGUAUUCCAGCAUUGCCCUUUUUUACUUCCCAAUGGUGAAGAUGUACAAAGGGUUUUGGAUGAGUGGAAGGAAUACAAAAUGGGAGUUCCAACCUAUGGUGCCAUUAUUCUAGAUGAGAGCCAUGAAAAUGUGCUACUUGUUCAAGGCUAUCUAGCCAAGUCAGGAUGGGGAUUUCCCAAAGGAAAAGUUAAUAAAGAAGAAGCACCUCAUGACUGUGCUGCCAGAGAGGUAUUUGAAGAGACAGGUUUUGAUAUCAAAGAUCGAAUCUGUAAUAAUGACUACAUUGAACUGAAGAUCAAUGAUCAGUUGGCGCGCUUGUAUAUUAUUCCAGGAGUCCCAAAAGAUACCAAGUUUAACCCCAAAACAAGACGAGAAAUAAGAAAUAUUGAAUGGUUUCCUAUUGAGAAGUUACCCUGCCAUAAAAAUGAUAUGACUCCCAAGUCAAAGCUUGGAUUGGCUCCUAACAAAUUUUUUAUGGUGAUCCCUUUCAUUAGACCGUUACGAGACUGGCUGCACAGAAAGCUUGGUGAUUCAUCCGACAGUGAUAAUGGGCUUGCUUCAACUGGCAGCACUCCAUCCAAACCAAAUAUGGAAAAAUCCAAACCCAAGAUGCAUUGCAUUCCUCAAUUUUCUGUGCUAUCUCAAGGAGACCAGUGGACAAAGUCCAAGCCCCAGCAAAAGCCUUCUAGUAAUUACAAUCCUGUAGAGAUGUCUGAGUUACUGAAAAUUAAGAACCAGAACCUUAAGUCCAGUAGUAAAAGACUACAUCAAGACUCUCCAAACCAAAAGAAGAAAUCAAACGGAGUCCACAAUCAACCAGUCAAGCCACAAAAUAGCAAUACAAAAGCAGAGAGAAAACUGAACCCCAGAAGACUUAAUGACACCUUUGACGGGGACUCUGUGUUUGAUAACUUCUCCCUCAGUGAAGAGCAGCAGAGUGAUCCCUCUGAAGAUAUGUCUGAUAAUUGUAAUGGAAAUGUUCCAUUCUCUUUCUCAUCAAAAGCUUUCCUGAGCUUCCGGUUUGACCGGGAGGCCAUCAUGAAAUCCUGUGACCUCUGACCUGCCAGCAGCUGUACAAGGUUCACAAGUGCUGAGAGCUUAACAAGCCUUAUCUUCCUCAGGUUUUUGUUGGUUUUAAGGACUUGCAGGGUUCACUGAUGGUUUGGACAAGUUAUUUUGUAAGCACAUGUUGUUAUACUUUGUAGCCCUGUUACAUUCAAUUUUCUUUUCUUUUUUUUCCCUUGCACUGCAUUUUGCAAUAUCACAUUUUUUUUACACAGAAUUACCUUUUCAGUGUUCAACUUGACUCUUUUCAUUCUUUUUUUUUUACUUUUGACUGUCAGAAGGGGAGGGUGAGAAGUUGAUUCCUUAUGUCUGGCACUCAAAUAAGUCAAUUCAUGUUUAGAGGGCAUUUUCCAUUUUUUUUUUAUACUCCCUGAUAUAGAUGUGACCUAAUUAUUUACUGCUUGAAUGUAACCUGAAUCUGUUGUCUCAAGGCAAUCUGGGGCUUCCUUUUAAGUCAUAUAUUCUUAGCAGAUACUGUGUUCCCAUGCACCGCACACCAUAAGACAGGAACCUCAUCAGGUUAAAAGGAGUUAAGUUUAUAUUCAGGGCUGGAGAAAUCCCUGUGUCUGUAUAACUUCUCCUGUCUGUUCUCACCAUUUCUGAUAGAAGUGGAUAUUGUUUAAAUGAGGUUUGUAUACAGUGUAUGCCCUGUUCCUAGUAACACUUCAUAUCAAGAUGUGAUCAGAAAAAAAAGGUCUAUUUUACAUUUUUAAAAAUUAGUACAGGUUUGGAAAUGUUAUUUUUAAAUUUGUAAACAUAAUUUUCCUCUUUUGGGAAAAGGAUAAUGAGACUUCCAGAACUGCAUUUUAAUUUUUCUGGUGUGUUUUGUUAUUUAAUUAACUACAACAAUGGUAAAAGCUGAGUGAGAGUUAGUUGAAGAAUUUAAAAUAUCCCCAGAAAUCAAUCUUGUAUUGAUUAUCAAAAUACAUGGACAUAUCAUAUUUUUUUUUUUUUUUUUUACAUUUAAACAAGCAUUCAUAUCACCUUGCAAGCCUACUUUCUCUUUAUCCUAUGCAGUUGUAUGUAGCAGAUAAUUGUCUAUGUACCAAGACAGAUCAUUACAUAUGUAAGCAUGUGUUUGUAUGUUGUUCAUGCUUUCAAUUAAUAAUUAUAAGGCGCUCUGAAUCUAUGAAAUUGUAUGCUUGUCCACCCCACUCCUGGUUUAGUACGCCUUUAAACAUACUGUAAUACACCAGUCACUGCUUUACAUCUAUUCAUAUAGAGAUGCAGUUAUUUUGAUAAGUUAUACACACCAAAAUUGUUGAUUACAGAUUGCAAGUCCUAAAUGGUUACUCCAAGCACCAUGACCACUUCACUUCAGUUAUUUGACAUGGUCAUUAUUCCUAAUGUCUGAAUGUUAAGAGUUUUGCUAUGAAAUGCUGCACAUUCAAAAUCUAACCCCUUUCCUGUAACUCCACCUCCUGGAGCAUCAAUGGGGCAUCAUUAGAGUCCCUGGCUUACCAACGUCAAUUCUGUGCAUAUUUCUAUGAAUAGGGUUGCAUUCAUUAAUGAGUGUGGUCACCUGAGACUCCCAGCCAAUGAAUGGCAAUGAGAUCUGUAUCCGGCUUCUGUGACUCUGUCGAGGCAGGAUACACAUCAACAGCUAUAGAGGACCCUCUGCACAGGGAACAGACCCAUGUAAGAGGGUAAAAUGGUUUGCCCCAUUACCGGAAAAUGGGACCAGGGUCCUUCUGGCAUCAUAACCACUACAGCAGGCUGUAGUUGCUAUGAUUCUUGGAGCAACCCUUUAAUCAUUACCCUCCGUAACUACUUUGUGUUGUGACAGUGCUGUGAAUCAUGAUAUUUUGUGAGGACCAUGCUUUGAGAUGUGAUCAUUAAAAGGACACUGUUGACAUCAUAAACACUUCCAUGGAUAGAAGUGGUUAUGAUGCCUGUAAUCCAUGGAAGCUGGCUCUCACAGCACUAUUAAAAGGUCUACUCACAGUUUUAGUAGAGAUCCUCGGUCCCCGGAAGCCUGAGGCCUGGCCUCCAAUGACUGUGUGGCUGAGGCAGAGCUAUGUUUCUGCCUCACACCAAUUUAUACCUUGGAUGACUGGCUGAGAGCGCUUAUGUGACACGCUCACUCUCACAAUCACUGCCAACUAUCUCUGGUAUGGAAUCAAGCAGAGUAUAGCUCCGUUUCCACCAUAUUGUCAUUGGAGGGCAGGCUUCAGGCAGCCAUUGACUGAAAAUUUCUACUAAACAGCGAGUAAAUGUUUAGUAGUGAUGUGGAGCCUAGUGUCCGCUGACUCACUUUCCAUAACCACUUCAAUCAAUUGAAGUGAUUAUGGUGCUUACAGUGUCCCUUUAAUGCCUUUUAUUAUGGUUCUGACUUAAAUUCUCCAUAUAUUUUAUUAUAACAGCACUGUUUGAAUUUGGAUCUGGCUUACUAAGGGUCUUGAUUUAAUAAGCUUUCCAAAUGAUUCAAUGCUAUUAGAAAAUCUAAUUAUUUACCUACAGAAGUCACCAUUAGAGUCUUUGGGAAUUGUUGUAGCUGAAUCAUUUGGAAAGUAUUCUAACAAUAUUGACUCGUUUAGAAGGCGUAUUAAAUUGAUGCCUAAAUUUGGUUAAAACAAUGGAAGAUCCAUCCCUUGAAAUGUGUUGACAUUUCGUUAGUCUGCUUAUUACUGUGUUUAUGGAUAUAACCAUGGUACACUGGAGCUAGACCAACACCUAUGUUUUGUUUUCUAACAGAAAGCAAAACUCUAAUUAGUUGUUCACUAUAAAGUUCGAUCAUGGCGCCGAAUAAGUGGUCUGUUCCAUAUUCGUAUCAUGCAGUCCAGCUUUAUCUUCAUUAGAGGCUUUUAGGGUUACUUGCUAAACUGAACUGUAGCAAAUUAAAAUUAAAAUUGCAAAAUUUAGAAUACUAUCAAGUAUGAUAUUUUCAAAUUCGCCUAGAUUUUGCCAUUUAGAUUUCAGUUGGCUAGAGUUGGCAUGUUAUGACGAACCCUGUAAGUGUUAGAUUUACCAAGAUUUGAAAACUUGACAGAGCGCCUGCCUGCUGUGAGCAAAGAAAUGAACGGCAAUGAUCUCUUAGUAAGCUGUUCACUAUUCCUUCUGGGGUGUUUGAAUGCUAAGAGGGGCUAUCCGCUCUCAGAGCUGGCAGCUACGAGCACUGUAUUGGUUUAAGUGCUGUUUUUGCUGUACAAUGGGAAAACGAACACCUAUUAAUUUUCAUUUUGACUUCAUACUGUGAACUAACGCACUGUGCAUUAUUAUGCUAAGGUAUACAUUUCAUUCAAAUACAGUUGUCUUUCCUGCACAUGUUUUUAGUUUGUACUUUGAUUAUUCUUCAGGUUAAACAGUUUUUAGGAUGUUACCAUCACCAAUAAAAAUAUAGAGUCUUGUCUUUACGUCUCCUACAAUGUGAAUGUCGUCCUGGUCAGAGAGGUCUCCGUAGCACUGAAGAUGGUAAAAAUGUGGAAAUUAAUAGACUUUUUGGUGACCUUUCCUGUUCAUGUGGAUUAUUCUUGCUUCUAUCAUGGUAUUUGUCUGUGUAUAUCUUACUGUACACAUUGUACAGUGUGUAUGUAGCCUUUGCGGUGUACCCUAGCUAUGAUAAUCCAUCAUAUCUAGAGGCUGACCUACUCAUCGUUGCUCUGUUGUGUUAAAAUCAUUGCUAUCCUUUGUGUUUCCUACAGCAAAAACUUCAUAACGAAACAGCAAUAAAGGUAAUUUAUUAAAACAUGCUUGAAUUAUUUUAAUCUGGUAUGUUUCGACUUGGAUUUGUUUUUUUAUCUAUUUAUUUUAUAAAUGUCCUCUGUGUGUAACUCCAGACCGUGUCCCCUUUUUUGGCUUUUGUACAAUCUCUUCAUGAGUUUGCAGCUUUCUCGCAAGUACCGUACUAAGGUUCUAGACAUCUGGAUGAGUGUUUGAGUAAAGAUUUGUUUAUUGACCAUAAAGAACAUGCCAGCCAUCAGCUCUUCAUGGGUUAGCAUUGCCAAUGGAGAAUUUAAGCAGCAGUCUGCACCUACCAUUGAUUGAGGUUAUUAUUUGAAAAAUAUGUAAUUUAUGUCAUUUUCAUUGCACUGAGUCUCUCUUUCCAGUUUGAGCAUGGGAACAUCUGGGAUUCUCAAAAAGAUUGUUUUUGGCUACCUCAAAGACCUCCACCCCAUUGAACAUUUAUGUAAUUCAACGUAUUUCUUUAAUAUUCCAAUUUUGAUUUGGAAUAUGCUUCAAACAUUUAAACAACCAAAAUGCAUUGGGAAAGAAUUGUCUGAAAAACGUAUAAUUAUUAAGGGAGGAUUACUUGGUGAUGGCUAAAUAUGUUUUGAGGUGUGUUUUAAGGAUACUAAGGAUAUAUAGUUUAGUUUAAGGAUAAUAAGACUUGUCUGUUAAAGGGGAUAUGUCUCAUCCAAUGGUUUUAAUGAUGUUUACUAAUCCCGAUUAGUAAGAAAAAUGUAUUUGUGAGGUGUGAAAAAUACAAUUUAAAUGUAGAAAUUCACGCCACUUGAGCUCCUCCAUCUUCGCUCUAUGUCAAUGAUUUGUUAGACGCUUUGUGUUGCAUCUGGCAAAUAAUAUAGGGAAAUUAAACAAUGUGGGGAUGUUUAUCAGUGUGUUCUGAAAAGUGACAAAUGCUGUCAUUAUUUUCAUUGUAUUUAUUAAAAGGACACUAUAGUCACCAGAACAAAAAUGUAGUUCUGGUAAAAAUUGUCAGUCCCUGCAGGCUUUUUGCUGUAAACACUUUUUUUUUUUUUUUCUUCAGAAAAAAUGCAGUGUUUACGUUACAGCCUAGGAGCACCUCUUGUGGCCACUCCUCAGACGGCCCCUAGAGGUGCUUUCAGCAUGGAGACAAUAAGCUUUCAACAUAGAGAAGCAUCGAUUCAAUGCAUCUCUGAGGAGAUGCUGACUGGCCAGGGUGGUGUUUGGCUCCGCCCCUGCGCUGCCUCUUUGGCUGAGAUUAUCAGAAUUGACUAUCUCAGCCAAUUUCCUAUGGGAAAGCAUUGUGAUUGGCUGAGAUCAUUAUUCUGAUGAUGUCAGCCAAGGAAGCAGAUCGGGGGCAGACCCGUGAUGCGCUGGAAAUAAGGAGAGUUUUAACCCUUUUUAAGGGGGCUGUGGACCUAAAUGAUGUUUUAACACUACAGGUUCAGGAAUACAUGUUUGUGUUCUAAAAGUGAUCUGAAAAGUGACAGUUUUUUUCAUAGUGAAUUCUGCCAGUUUUCACAGAAAUAUUAAUUUCAAACGGCAAAUUUUUUUUGAGUGGCUUCCAUUAAGCAUUCAAAUCUAUUCAAAUAUACACCCAAUGAAAAAACAUGUAUUAAUUGCAGGUGUAUCUACUAAACCAUGAUUUCUAUUUUUUGUUUCCUCUGCUCUAGUUGUUUUAUAAAAAAUAUUUGGGAAAUGAAAAGCUUUAGACAGUAUAUAGUGUACCUUAUCUUUCAAUAAUAAAGUAUAAAUGAGGGUGAGUGAGGCUCUAUAGAUUCCAUACUGCAAAAUAUAUGACAAUAAAAACAAUUUUAUACUAAAUUCUUAUAUUCAAGAAGUUAAAUGAAUACUCUAAGGUUACAAAAAUAAAUGUGUAUCCUAACAGGAUUUCUUUUAUUGCUUUUAGACUAUAUUCACCCCUUU